AUGUAUGUGAAAUGGUUUGAUACAGUAAUGUUUUACUAUGAGAUUUUAGUGAAUUUAGUGACUGUCACUUUUUGUCAUUUUCAAAUUUCCCGCCAGUUCUGUCCCCGUACGUCCCGACGCUCGCAGGGGACGGAACCUAGAUGACAGAUGCCGGCAUCCGCCAGAGGACAUUACAGGGGACACUGCAGGAGGGACAUCGUGGGAGUGCAGGACAAGGUAAGUGUAGAAGAGAUCCCGGAGCAGCGCUGCAAGGUAUUCCCGAGUGUAGCUCGGGGUUACUGCUUGUGGUGCUGAAACUUUACCCCGAGCUACACUCGGGAAUACCUCCAGGGAGGUUA